UUUGGCAUUGGGACGCAAAGUUGUUGCAUAUUGUGUGUUCUGGUGUCUGUUUUUGUUUUUUUUUUUUACAUUUUGUUAUUUAGUAUUUGACUAGAUUUGAUUUAACUCAAAUUUACCUCAAUUUUGAAAUGUCGAAACAGCGGAAACGAAGAAAGUCCUUAAAUGCAGGAACACCCUCAACACCCAAAUCAAAAUAUCACGUCGAUGACAACAUGUUUGCCACUCCAAAGUCCCAUCACAUCCAAGACGAUGAUUCCGAUUCUUCGCCCUAUUCUUUGUCGUUCUCCCAACGCGCCAUGGGUGUGGAAGUAACCUGGGGCGAAAAGUCACGUCCAACUCCAUUCAAAUCGAAAAAAAUUUACGAACGACGCGACACCGAAUCUCCACCAACGAAAUCCUAUUUCGAUGUUGAACCUUUCGCAACCGAAUCGCCGAAAGGAUUGUACAAAUUUCUGUUGGGGUGGGAGAGACGGCGCAUCGACACGCAAAUUGAAGAUGAUUUCGAAAGGAUCAGCAACGAAACGGCUAGUGCAGAAACAUCGAAUCACACAAACGCUUCCACACACAAUGACACAAAUUGCCUCACCUCCAACGACCGGGUUGAAGCCCCUGCAUCGAAUCGAAACAAUUCACUGAAUUUCAAACAACUCCUCAACGAUUCUGAAGACAUGGAUCUGAUGCUAUGCAGUCAAAGAAUUGAGCAGGAAAUCGGCAGUCGCUUGGAACCAUCAAAACCAGCCUUGGAAGCCACGGCGAGUAAAGGAUUUUCUGAAUUUUUUUCAGAUAACGACGAUGACUUGUUGUUGGCUUUAGAAGAUCCAGUUUUAUUAGAUAAGAAACACAAAUCAUCCUUUGCUAGACAUAAGUCAAUCGCCAUACAACCUAACAGUUCAAUCAAUGAAGUCGCUCCAUCAAAGCUCAACUCGAAUAACAGCGCUAAAACGAAGCCAGAUAUUACAAUUCAGCCACAAGCGCAGCAAAACCAACCAUCGACUCCUAAAUCAACAGCAACGGCCACCGCUUCAUUGGUGCGCCACAAAUCGAUGCCGUCGCCGAACGUGACAAUUUCGGCGAAGAAAUGCUCAGCUGAGGAGAUUGAAAUCAAACGCCAGACUGCGUUAGCUAAAUUAAAAUUGAGAAAACAAAGGCUAACGAGAAAGUAGACCUCCUACGAAUCAAAAUAUGAAUAAACAAACAAGAGAAACAAACCUA